AUGACAAGGAAGGACGCUAUUGCUUAUGCUGUAAAGGCAAUACCUGAGAUUCUACCAUUAGAAGAGCAAGAUGUGAAAAACUUAUGUGAUCAAAUACUAAACACCAGCAAUAAUGAUUUUGAACUAAUUGCAAAUGAAUUUCUAAGUAUGCUAGGUCAUGAAGAUUUAGCAUUUGCCUUUGUUGUCGAAUUUAAUAGAUUGCUAUCUGAGGGUGACAAGAAAAACGAUGAAUUGAUUAAGGAGGCAAAUCGUAAUGAAGAUUCUAGGAAGAAGAAGCCUAUGAAGCCAGAUGUAGAUAAGAAACAAUUUUCAGAAGAUUCAAAACCGAAUGCUAAUGUGGAUUCACAACCUCAAUUGGUUAGAGUAAGUAAACCUAUUGGGAAAACAGUUUCUGAAUCGUUUAAACCUGAUAAGAAGAAAUCGUCAAAGAAGGAUUCUACUGGUACAAAGAAAACUAAAAAGGCACAUUCAUUGAAAGAGAUCGAUGAAGUUGUCAAAAAAUUAGAAUUGGAACGUGAUGAUGAGGAUAGCUCUUCAAAAUAUGCUUGCAAUUGUCAAGCAAACAGACAUCCUCUAUUUGAUGCUGCUCCAAAUUGCUUAUCAUGUGGUAAAAUUAUCUGUGCUAGAGAAGGUAUGAACUUGAAUAAUUGUUCAUUCUGUGGUUCAGAUCUUAUCCCUGUAGAAGAAAGAAUUAAAAUUAUCGAACUUUUAAAACAAGAAAGAGAAGUUUUGAUCAAUGGUGACAAAAAUAAACCACAGGGAUCAUCGAAAGAUGAAACAAAAAGUAAGAAGAAAACAUAUAAGGUAUCUUCAAAUAUGGGUACAAAUCUAUUCGAUGAACAAGAUAAAUUAUUCGAGUUUAUUGAGAAAUCAACAGAAAAAAAUAGAAAAGAAACGCAAGAGAAGGAAGAACAACAGAAGUCCCAAGAAAUGAAACAAGUUGUUGAUUCAGAUUUAGUUCAAGCCCAAGAUCGAUUGAAUAAACUAUUACAUUUCCAAGAUACCUCUGCAGAACGUACAAGAAUAAUUGAUAAUGCUAGUGAUUUUAGUAUAUCUGAAGAAACAGGUUUAUGGGGAAAUGCCAGAGAAAGAGCACUGAUGUUAAAGAAACAACAAAGAAACUUGAGAAAAUGGGAAAAGCUAGAGAAAGAAAGAAACGGUAGAAGGGAAAAGGUUGUUGUUAACAUGAAUAUUGGUAAAGAUGGAAAAGUAACAUUACUAGAAACACCGAUUACUGAAAACAGUGUCCCAGCAAAUUCUGACGAUGAAUUGGAAAAUAUCAGUGAUGAAGAAGAUAUUAAUGAUUUGAAGCAUAUCAAACACCUGAAAAGUGAAAUUGAUUUAGAGAAGAAAAUUCAAACGAAAGUUUUACAGUCUUCUUCUUGGGAUCUUGAUCAGUAUAAUAAUCGUUUUGAAAGGCCUGUUUAUAUGAGCAGUAGCUCUAAUGGUGAAGAUGAUAGACAUUCUAUUAGAAACAAUGAAAAGGGCUGGAAAUCUAAAGUACAGAUAAAUGAUAAUGAUAAUGACGAUUCAUUAGAACAAAAUAUUUUAUACGUUCUUUGA